GAGAGAGAGAGCCUGGGCGAUAGAGAAACAGGAGAGAUUGCACUCAGUGUCUAAAUACAGAACCAUCACUUUGGUCUUCUGUUACAGUAUAUGUCACUUAGGACGGAUUUUAUUGCAGCCCCUGAGAGUGGACUUUGGAAGGGACUAAGGCUUCACCUGACACACUGGAGUACCAGAAGAGUGUGUGUGUCUGGCAGAGAGUGAGUUAGUGUGAGUGUGUGUGUGCUGAUGAGUGUGUGUGUGAUUCAAGAGAGGCCACAGGUGCCCUCCACACUGGAUCUCAGCCAUCAGGGUUGCCAUGCCAACAGCAACCCAGAAUGCAACAGAAGCACAGCCUGGUCUCCUGACCUGCAAGGCGAUGUGGAGCAGAGGACAGUUACACACUCCCCCCACAGCCCGGCUUUUAAGGCUGAGCUGGAGGGGGUAGUUGGUCACCUGAACAAGAGCAGUGAGUUUCUCACUAACAUCACAGAUCUCAUCCACUCUCAGAGCCAGAAUGCAGUGUGUGUAGUGAAUGAUCUAUACCAAGCAGGUUGCUAUGGUUACUCUCGUCUGGAGCGACAGAAUCGUUGCAAAUUGGCAUCUCUCCACAGACUACUCCACCUGUAUGGAUGGUCCAGCCCGUCUCACACACACACCACUAUGCGCGUCAGUAAGGGGGUGGAUCAGCUCCUAACCCUGCCCCUGGGACUCUCUUUCUCUGAGGCCACAGGAGCCAGUCUGGUAAAAGUGGAUCUGUCGGGGUGUGUGUUGGACUGCGGCUCUUCAGGCGAGGCUGUUCUGGCUUCAGAACUCCAGCUACACACACACAUCUACUCCUGCCGGCCUGAAAUCCGUUGUGUCAUACACACACACACUCCAUCCACUGCUGCUGUCUCAUCCAUGAAGUGUGGAAUCCUGCCCAUUUCCCAUGAUGCUCUGCUUCUAGGGGAGGUGUCGUAUUUCAGCUUCGUAGGAAAUGAUGUGGACGAGAGAGAGGAGCUUCAGAGGGCCCUCGGACCAACUGCAAAGUUGCUGGUGCUGAGGGGGCACGGUGUGUUUGCAUUGGGGGUGACUCCUGAGGAGGCCUUUCAUAACAUCUACCGCUGCCAGCAAGCCUGCGAGACUCAGGUGAAUGCCUUGGCCUGUGCUGGUGGAGUUGACAAGCUGCUGCUACUGGACAGAAAGGAGUAUAAACCAGACACACACACACCUCCAAACACACACACCCCUGCGGACUCCCUCGCCUCCACUGGUGACGCGUCACCUGUCUGGAAGACAGGAGAGGCGGAAUUUGAGGCCCUUAUGAGGAUGCUCGACAGCCUGGGUUACCGGACAGGCUACACCUACCGGCACCCCGUGGUCAAGGAGAUGCCACGGAGCCGAAGCGCCGUGGAGAUUCCCGCAACCGUGACAUCCAGGGGUCGGGACAUGGAGAUGAUGUUUCCAUGGGGACCAGAAGAGGGAUUGGAUCAGCAGCAUCGGGAGAGAGCACUGUGGCUAACGUCACCAAACAGCUACCUGAAGCUCACUGAACCACAGACAACCCGCACCACGUGGAAGAGGGCUGAUGACCCCAGCAGCUGUAGAGGGACUCCAAUCCGCAUUGUCCACCCCAACCAGUUUGUGCCCCUCAACACCAACCCUUCUGAGGUCCUACAGAUCAGGAACAAGAUCCGAGAUCAGCACUGGGUGGAUGUUAUGACUGCAGGACCCCGGUCUCAGCUGUUGGCUGGAGUUCCGCCUGAUCAGAAACCAGGACCGGCUUUCAUUUAUGAGGAUGAAUCUGCUGAGCCCCUCCCACCAAACCCCUUCAGCCAAUCAGAUGCUGACCUGGAGGAAUACAAAAGCCUAGUAGAACAGAAUCAAAGUCAGCAAGAUGGCGAUGACGCAACAGAGGCUGAAGAGAUCAGCACAUUUGAUGGGUCAACACUCUCACUGUCUCUCUCUCCACUCAACAGCCCUGUCAAGGAGGAGGGAAUGCCACCUCUGGCCGACCUUGAAGAGGACCUUAGUGAGAGCAUCACAUACCUCAGCGUGGACCUGGAAGUCACCAUUGACAAGACAACACCACAGCCCCUUGAAAGUAAUGAGCAGACGACCACCCCAACCACAGAGACAACUGCUCUCCCCGACAACCACUCCAAACGUUCCAAGAAGAAGAAGAAGUUCUUCACCACCUCCUUCUUCAGGAGGACCAGGAAGAAAGAUGUCUGACAGGACAUCAGAAUCCACUCUUCAAUAAUGGGAACAAUUAUAUAAUUACACACACAUGGGGUUAAUGUCGAUAUUAGAUAACGUAGUUCAAGGUUAAUUGACUGAUGUUGAAGAAGAAAUCUAUGAUUUUGCAACCUGGGCCAUAUUUGUAUGUUUUUAGGUACAAACUUUCAGUGGGGACCAACGCAAUGAGAAUCAGUGCAGUUUCGAACUAGCAUGCCAACUGGUGGCUAAACAACGCUAUCCUGCAAAGGCAAGCUAACGUAAAAUCCUGUAUGUCUACUCAGUCAGUAUAGUUGCUAGUUAGAACACUAAUUUGAAAUCAUGGGUUGUCAUUGUUUUUGUUCCUACUGAAUGUUUGUACCUAAAGUAGAUAAUAGACAUUUUGUUUUAGUUCAGCAGUUAGUUUUAGUGGAGCUGCUACCCUGCUUGAGGCUGGGGUGCAGUGCAAAGGGCAGUCUAAAUGAGGAAUUUGGGGUUUGGUGUCUCAGUGUGUUCCAGCUGUCCUGUAAAAUAACAUUCACCAGGCUGCUUGAUGUCUUACGGUACAGUCACAUGCUACCUGUGCUUGCUGAUGGGCUUUCCUGACAUUCAGGGUGUGACUGCCUUGAAGCGAGAUUGAAGGGUCACCAAGACAGACAGCGCUGCUAGCGGGCAGUGGAGGGUAGUUAGCUUGCUAACUUGCUAAUGUUAGAUAGUUGGCUCACACAUCAUUUCAAAUGUGUUUUGGGGUUACAAUAAGGGCUUUUUAGAGUGUACUUUGUUUAUUUCUUGCUAAUAUUUAAAUCAUUGUAUAAAAAAGCCAAACAAAUGAGCUUUAUCCAUAUAUGGCCAUCUUUAUCCAUAUAGGACAAUCUACUAAACCAGAGAAUUUUUAAUAAAUGGGGAGAGCUUUCACUAUCAGAUCACUUUCUGUUUCCAAAACUGGCUGCAGUAAGCCUAUGGAGCUUCACUGUCCAAUCAGCAAGUGAACAAAAGUAAAUUUAAGCAUCUAGUCCCAUAGACCCCAUUCAUUUUGCACUCGCACCCCCUAGUACUAGAACUGAAACCAGUUUCAAUACAACGGGAGGGAAUAGGAAGUGAACAGGCUCGUCGUAAGCUGGCUCUGACUAAACUCAGUUCGCCAUCUUGAUUAAUGUUGAGAGCCAUCUUUGCUCAUUUGCAUUUGAUUGGCUGACGCUUGCGAUGCCGUUUGAAUUUUUUUUUCAUCUUUUGCUGCAAGCAACACAACGUUACACUCCCACAAUUCAGUGUGGUAACGCAUGACGUUGGCCCAUGGAGGGUGAAAGACAUAAGACACUGUUAAGACAGUGUUAACACAUUUAACUGAAGUUUGUGAAUGUACUGCUAGUGUGUGAAUGUGUGUUAGUGAGAGACAAAGAUCUAGACUAGACUAAGACUACAGACUAUCAGUUAGCAUUGCCAGGCUAGAUGUUUAGCCUAUGCAUAUAGUAUAACAUACAAACAUCCUAGAGUAAUCAUACUGUAGAUCCUGACUCUUUAUGUUGAACUGGUCACAAAAAAUAUGUGUAUUAUUGAUGUUAUUACAAGUGUCAAUUGUAGACAGCAGCAUAUAGUCUAGUAGUCGGCAUUGGACUCAACUCUACAAUUUCAGACAUGGGAAGUGGAAGUGCUAGUAAAGAGGCUAAAACCCAUGGGCGCUAGCUUUGGUCACUAAACCUGUUCCAUUUAGUCCAGUAACCCCCUCUCUUUAGGUGUCUGAGAGUGAGUUUUACCCACUAUACUGCUCUGUGCCCACUAACUGCCAUAGCCAUAGGGGCAAUUCCGCGGAAAAUGUACUUUUUGUCACAUCCAUAACGCCAGUGAAAUGCCUUGGUAUUUGUAUGAUGUGAAUGAUAACAUUAUUUUUUUGUGCAUUUUUUCUCAUGUACAUUCUUCAGCCAAAAAUAGCAAAUGCUCAAAUUUCAUGUAAUCAUUCACAUGUUAUUGGUGUUAUGAAUGUUACAAAAAACGUAAUUUUCCAUGGAAUUGCCCAUAGACUACACUCUGUCCCACAGAGUCUGGCUAGCUUUAGACCUGUGCUAUUUCAAUCGGAUGUUUCAGGGGUUCCAGUUUGAACAGGCAGGAGUGAAAUUGAAUGCCUUUGCUAUGCAUAAUAAUUAUCUAAAUAUAUGUGCUAUUAGUCCCCUGAAUGCCCAAACAUAUUUAUUUGCCAUUAUUGUUUUUGUUUGGUCUGGGCUAUGUUAGAACUAGAAAAUGCACCCAUGGCGUCCACUGCCAUUUUGGACAACUGAUGUACAAGCUUGUUUGUGGAGAUGUCAACUAAAAUGUUAGCCUGACGUAGUCAUACUCAAUUCUAGUCAGAAUAUGAGUCUGAUGAGUCUGCACUCAAUUAGAUAGACCUAACCAAUCAGAGCAACAAAAUAACUUACCGUGAG